AUGUCGUCCUCGUCGCCGCAGCAGCAGCUCAUAGCCUACAUCCACCAUGAGCGUCAAGAAGCCGGAAGCAUGCUGUGCGCACAACACGCGCUCAACGCGCUUCUCCAAGGCCAAUACUACGACCCUUCACAGCUCUCGCAGAUCGCCACCGAGCUCGAUCAACUCGAAGCAUCCGAGCUGGGGCUGAGCCAAGCCGACAUUGCCGCACGCGAUCGAUCGAGCCUCAAUAUGGACGACACGGGAUUCUUCAGCGUGUCGGUGCUGGAAAGGGCGCUUCAGGUGUGGGGCAUCUCGAUAUCCAGCUGGCGCUCCGCCGAGAUGAGAGCGCGGCACGAUGCACCGGAGCGAGAGGCGGCCUUUGUGCUCAAUCUGAACAGUCAUUGGUUCACCAUCCGUUCCUUUGGCACCACGAGCAAGUUCUGGUACAAUCUCAACUCUUUCCUCGCCGAGCCGCAGUGGAUCGGCAACAAUUAUCUCGGCACAUUGCUUCAUACAGCCGAGUCGGAGGGAUACUCGGUGUUUGUCGUGCAGGCUUCGGAGGGAAGCGCUGGGCAGGGCUUGCGUGAGUCGGAUGCAGAUCAGAUUGCGGAUCACUUGCCACCACCGGGGGCUCCUUCGGCAAGCAACAGCUCCAAUUCGGCGAGCCUUGGCCUUCAGCCAGCAGCGACCAGCCAGACGCCGCCGAUGGCGCCAGUAUCCAACGCGAGCGAGUUCCGUAGCCCGGCUCCAAGCUUCGGGCUUGGCGGCGACGAAGACGAUGCGGAGCUCCAGGCGGCUCUGAGCGCCAGCCUUCUACAACACACCUCUUCUGCUACUGCUCCCGACACACCGAGCCGAUCUCGCGUUCGUCAGGUCCGCGGUGGGAGCGCCGAAGAUACUGCAGGGGGGAACAGCUUCAUGGGCGAGACCGACGCCGACAUUGAUGCGAUCGCACCCUCACGACGUCGACACCGGGCCGGCUUUCCUGACCCUGUCGACGACGAUCUGCGCAGAGCGAUGGAAGCAAGCCUGUCAAGCUCCUCAAGUCGGCCUUCCGGGGCCGGCGGUUCCUUCCAGGGCCCUGUUGCUACAUCUUCCUCAUCCUCUUCCACCUCGUCACGACCUGUAGGCCGCAGAAAGCGACGGGCUCAAGAACGACAGACUGGCCUGUCGCGCGAUGACGCGAUCGACCUGGAUGACUCGCGCGGCGACGACACCCUCUCAAGCGAUGUCGAGGAAUUGCAUCCUUCAAGUCUGUCGCAUCGCUCGCCGUUUCUCAGCCCAGCGAUGGCUGCAGCCAACCUCAACAACGAAGACGUGGAAGAGAUCGUGGACGAUGACGACGAGAUUGCUAGCGACGACGACCUCAUCGACCCCUUCAGCGUACCAGGCGCACCCGAAGCGAGCGCGGUCAUCGGACCUCGGCAGGACAGGCAUUACGACGAUGAGGAUGCGGAGCUGCAAGCGGCGCUAGCUGCUAGUUUGGGCGAUACUGAAGCAGCUGCUCGCUUUACGGCAGAGAAUCCAAACUAUCGCAAUGCGACCAGGCGGUCGGAAGAGCAGCAAACAGCAAUUCCCGACGACGUGGAUCGAAUCACCAAGAUGCGGGAAGAGGCGAAGCGAAAGGCGCGAGAGGAGCAGGAGAGACAGGAACGGUUGGCGAGAGGUGAGCCGGUGGAAGAGCAAGGCAGCUCAAGCAACGCCAACGCGAGUAGCGGUGGUGGCCCUGGUGCAGGUGAUGCAGACGAUGACGAAGACGAAGAGUCGGAAGCGGAAGAGGUGAGCGCUGAGGAGAUGCGUCGCCGUCGAUUGGCGCGGUUCGGAUGA